UUUGGCGUCUUGUUGAAUGCCCUUAGUUUGAUUUGGAGUUUUAUUUUCUUAAUGCUUCAAAUAGUUGUUGUUGAUUCUCGUUGCUGGGUUCUUGUCGCCACGACUACCGUGACUAUGGCGCCUCGUCCUCACCGGGGCAACUGUUGCUACCCACCCGUUUUAGCACCGCCCUCUUCUUUGGUGGUGAUUGGUUUGUAGUCGUCGAUGGAAACCGCUUUGUUCCUUCGUUAUUGGAUGAGGCGAAUGUCAGUAAAAAACGUUUCAUGUCAUUUGCCGACAGUUGCUGUCAGUCGAGGCACAGCGUUACGCAAAUAGUGCACGCCCCCUUUGCGCUUAUUGACUGGACAAGUGUGUCUGUCAGUCAAACGUCAAAUGCGGCUCAUGAAACUCAAUGCAUUUUGAUUAACGGCGUGUUACUAUGUUAAAGACAUUUUAAAAGAAUAGCGUUGAAAACAGAUACAAUUUAGAAAUAUGUUUAAAGUGUCAUUACUUUAUAAAACCUUUCUAAUGCAUUCUUUUGUUUUAACAACAAUUGGUGUUUCGUUAAAUGCUUCAAUACUGCCUUCACGUGCUCUCCGAAAUUCGAUAAUUCCCAGUUCAACCCGGAAAUGAUUGACGGACAGGUGCUCUUUUAAUGUUAACAGAUACUUGUAAUGUUUUAAUGAUACUUAAUCACAAGUAACAUUAAUGUAUUAAUGUUACGUAAUAUAUUGUUUGUAAUUCCAGACGUUACUUCCGCAUUUGUGGUGGGGAAAUAUCCCACUUCCUAGGUGUCUUGCAGUGUGACGUCGCAAGCAUAUUAACCUUAGCAUAUGAAGACUCAAGCUGUUAUCUCUCUGAAUGCCAAAUGGUUGAAUCAUAUUGAACAGACUUUCUUAUCUCAUGACUGUAUGAAUAAAAAAGCUUUUGCAGAUAUGCUUAUGGGUCACUGAUUACAAUGUGAUUCUAAAUAACCACACAAUCACUUCUCACUUUCAUAUUCUAGUCUUAUCUUUUUUGGAAAUGUCACCAGGAUUUUCUUAUUAAAAUAGGUAAUGUGACCCAGAAUGUUAUAAUGUAAUGUAUGGGCUGUUGUGGAAUAUUGUUUAAUAUUACACAAAAUUAUUAUUCCAUACAAAUUGGUCUACAUGGUGGUCUAGAGCUGGAGCGGUCUAGUUUUGGUCUGGGGGUGUCUAACAUCAUGGCAAAUUGACACAGGCAAUAAACACAAGAAGGGAUUCUCGUGAGGAGGGGCUUUGUGACAAUUCAUUGGCUGUAUUGUGCGAUUUUGAAUGUGUUCAGCAAUAGAAAGGUCAGAAGUGAUGAGAUCAGGUCAUUUCAUUUGACAUUAACUCCACAGAGGAGCACAGGUUAAUUACAGAAGUGUUGGGUCGGGUCUUUGUCCUCCUUAAAGGUCUUAGCCCUCUAUCUGAAUGACACACAAACAGGGUAGGUCAGAGAGGGCCUUCGACAUCGUAUAAAAGACCCAAGAGGGUCCACAGAAGCAGACAGAAGAGAUCUUCAGCACAUCAGUGACAUUCUUUGGAUUGAGCUUAAACUUUUUUUUCAUAAUUUUCAUCAUGUACAAAGCUGCGGUUUUCACUCUCGCCCUCUUAGUGGCAUUCGUAGGCACUGCUCAGGCCACGGAGGGUCAUCCCAUCUACGGAGUGAAGCUGUGCGGCAGAGAGUUCAUCCGUGCGGUCAUCUUCACCUGUGGAGGUUCUCGCUGGAGAAGAUCUUUGGAUGUAACAGGUGACCUAUCCAGUGAUCUUCUCUCUGUUCAUGACGAAGAAGCCUCUGACAGCUGGGCAACCAACCCCAUCUCUCGACUAUCAUUCAGACCUCACUCUGAGGCCGUCGCAUGGGCAGGAGAAGGCCAGGAGAGCCCCGCAUUUAGCCGUCCCGCACGCUCGCUCAUCUCAGAGGAAGUGCUGGAGGCCUUGCGCACAUCAGACAGGAAGGGGCGGGACGUAGUGGUCGGCCUUUCCAACGCCUGCUGUAAAUGGGGCUGCAGUAAGAGUGAAAUCAGCUCGCUAUGUUAAAGGACAUUUGUGUUCUCAUUUUUCUUUCUGACGUUCCUGAAAGAAAAUGGUGGUGUUCUUAAUUUGAAAUAGGGACAAUAUGCUUGUUAGAACUUGUUGCCUUGUGUCAAGUUUGUAGGAAUAGCAGAUUGUAGCCAAAGUGAAGCAUCUAUGCAUGUUAUUGUCUAUCACUGAUUUAAAAGAUUCUCGUUUUAUUUAUCC